AUGACUGACACCGACAUUCUUGCAGCAGGUUUAAUAGAACUCGGUUUGGAACCAAACGACAGAAUUGCAUUAAUAAUUCACAAUUCUAUUGAAGGUAUUCUUGCUAAUUUUGCUUGUAUUAGAGACGGGUUCGUAGCGGAUAAUUUGAAUCCUGAACUUCAGCAUAGAGAAAUGAAAAUCUGCAUUAAAGUCACACAAAAGCAUGAUAAUAGUUGA